AUGGCUUCCCUCAAGGCUGUUUCCGAGCCAAACACAGAGCUUGGAAGUGCUUUGAAAACAAAUUUUGAUGUCGACUUUGUAAUCGAUUAUCGUUUUUCUACUUCAGGUAUGAGAGGCCAGGUUCUCCCACUCAAUCUGACGACAACUAAUGCAACCCCUCCAGACAAAGAGCAAGCCGAAGCACAAUUCGUAAAGCUUAUCGAAUCUGUUCAUGAUGUUGGGUUAACGACUGAGGUACGAAAUGGAGAUAACUUUGGACUUCUAAUAUUCGUCAAAGCUUCCAAGGAACGACUUAGAUCUGAAGUAUAUCGCUCGCGAGUACAGGAUUGGUUAUAUGGAGUUCGAAUAACUGCACCGGCGAAGGAUAUGCAUGAAGCUUUCGAGGUAGAACCAGUGACUGAGGCUGAACGAUUGAGAUUGGUUUAUUUGUUGAUUACCAAAUCGAAAAUUGAAGGUGGUGCCGGGAUUACGCCUAAGAGAGGGGAAUGGAUGGUAGUCGAGUCGAUAUUUCCCCUCCAUGAUCAUGCAUUCAAUAAGGCUUGGAUCACAGAAAUCACCACAAAAUAUCUCCUAACCACCAAGGAUUUAGAGGAUAUUAAGAACAGAUUUGGAGAAAGGAUCGGAUUCUAUUUUGCCUUUUUACAAUCAUAUUUCAAGUUCUUGGUGUUUCCGGCCGCAUUCGGAUUCUGCGCUUGGGUUCUUCUUGGUGAAUACUCCCCGAUAUAUGCCAUUGUCAAUGGCAUAUGGUGUAUUGUCUACACGGAAUAUUGGAAGAAGCAAGAGACAGAUCUUGCAGUACAAUGGGGAGUUCGAGGUGUAUCAAAGAUUCAGCGCAAACGAGUGGAUUUCAAACCCGACAGUGAGAUCACGGAUCCUAUUACUGGAGAACAAAUUAAGUUUUACUCGCCAGUGAAAAGGUUGAGUCGUCAGUUGCUGCAGAUACCUUUCGCACUCUGUGCUACCGUCUUACUAGGAAGUUUGAUUGCAUCUUGCUUUGCCAUUGAAAUCUUCAUCUCAGAAGUCUAUGAUGGUCCAUUUAAAACAUAUUUGGAGACCUUCUUGCCAACUGUCAUUCUUACUGUCUUUUUGCCGACAUUAACCGUUCUCUUGAACGGAAUUGCUUCAAAAUUGACAGCUCUUGAGAACUAUCAAAUAGUUGCCGCACAUGAGGCGGCAAUGGUUCAAAAGAUCUUUGUCCUCAACUUUAUAACAUCCUACGUGCCAAUUUUUCUCACAGCAUUUGUCUACGUUCCGUUCGCUCAAGUUAUUGUUCCUCAUCUGGACAUUUUGCAAAUGGCAGUGAAACCAUUCGCCGAAAACGAUGAACAGAUGACAGUAUCAACAGCCGGAUUUCAGAUUGACCCUGAUCGAUUGAAGAAACAGAUUAUUUAUCAAAACGUCACAGCACAACUUGUUAAUUUUGCUGUUGAGGUCAUCAUUCCAUACGCCAAGAGAAUGGUCUUCAGAAAAUACAAGGAGAUUCAAGCAGAUCGUACCACGAGGCGUAGAGGUUCUUAUUCACCAGAGAUGGAUCAUCCAGAAGAAAUCGAGUUCUUGACCCGCGUGAGAGAUGAAGCCGAACUUGCGCUCUAUGAUGUUGCUACAGAUUUCAGAGAGAUGGUCAUUCAAUUCGGUUACCUAUCUCUGUUUUCAGUCGUCUGGCCUCUGACAGGCCUUUCAUUCCUCAUAAACAAUUGGGUUGAACUUCGCGGUGACGCCGUGAAAAUCGCACUUGAAGCUCAACGUCCUGUUCCAUGGCGUGCGGAUUCCAUUGGUCCAUGGAUUGAGGCUCUAGGUUUCUUAUCUUGGCUCGGUAGUCUUAGUACCGCUGCUCUUGUUUACAUUUUCUCUGGAGAUGGUGUUGGUCCAGAUGGUACACCAAGUAACAUGACAGGAUGGGGUUUAUUGCUCACCAUGUUCUUCUCGGAACAUAUCUAUCUAACCUUAAGAUCAGGCAUCAGAUUAGCAUUGAGUAAAAUUGAUAGUCCAGGGUUACAGAGAGAGCGAAAGGAAAGAUUUGCCGUUAGGAAACAAUACCUAGAAGGAAUGAAAUCUCAGGAAGAGACUGAAAAAGCUACUCAGGGAGGAAUUAGUCAAUCAGAGAAGAUUAGUAGAAGCACGUUGGAAGAGAAUGCUAGGGAAUCAACCUUGAGAGGCCGUGGAACAGUCGAGGAAAGUAUCAGAGGGUUUAAAUUGGACUUGAUUUGGGGGGGAGUGGGUAAGGGGUUGGAGGAGAAGAGGAGGGGUUGA